AUGGAGAAGCCCACAUACGUUAGGUUUCUGGUAUCAAAUGCUGCAGCUGGUUCUGUAAUUGGAAAGGGUGGUGCAACAAUCACUGAUUUUCAAUCGCAAUCUGGAGCACGAAUUCAGUUGUCACGCAAUCAUGAAUUUUUCCCAGGAACAACCGAUAGGAUUAUUAUGGUUUCUGGAUCAAUUAAUGAAAUACUGAAGGCUGUGGACCUUAUUCUUGCUAAGUUACUGAGUGAGCUUUAUUCUGAAGAAACUGAUGAUGUUGAACCAAGAACAAAGCUGAGAUUAGUUGUUCCAAAUAGUUCUUGUGGUGGCAUAAUUGGGAAGGGAGGGUCUACUAUAAAGUCAUUUAUUGAAGGGUCACAAGCUGGAAUUAAAAUAUCCCCUCAAGACAAUAAUUAUUUUGGGUUGAAUGACCGGCUGGUGACAGUAACAGGAAAUCUGGAUGAACAGAUGCGGGCAGUUGAUUUAAUUGUUUCUAAGCUCUCUGAAGACCCCCAUUACACUCAGUCUAUGAAUGCCCCAUUUUCUUAUCCAGGUGUUUUCUUCUCCGGUUUUCAUGGUAUUCCAUAUACAUAUGUGCUUCCUUCUGUUGCCACAGCAGCGUACAAUGCAAUGAGCUAUGGACCACCAAAUGGGACUGGAGGAAAGUUUCAGAAUAACAAGGAGGAUCGAAGUAACUCAGUCACUAUUGGCGUUGCAGAUAGUCAUAUCGGGUUGGUUGUUGGCCGUGGUGGAAGGACCAUAAUGGAGAUCAGUCAGGCUAGUGGGGCCAGGAUAAAGAUAUCUGAUAGGGGUGACUUCAUGUCUGGAACUACUGAUAGGAAGGUGACAAUAACAGGGUCACAGAGGGCAAUCCGUGCUGCCGAGUCUAUGAUACUGCAGAAGGUGUCCUAUGCUUCCGAAAGGGCGAUGGAAUAG